AUGCUGAUCAAGCCACCCUCACGCAAAACAAGAAGAUCUCAUCACCCUCCAUAUCACAACUCUUACGCUCAGCAACCGCGGUAUUAUUAUUCAAAUUCGGGCUCAGACGACAGACCAUCCGAGGGCUUCGAGGGCUACUCAGAUACCGGUAGCGACCUGGAUCCAUCCGAGUCAGCCUCACAGAUCAGUGCCGGCGACUACUACCACCACGGUGGAGGCGGUCCUCGUCUGCAGAUCCGUCAACAGGGGCGCCUAGAGAGGCCCGCGAGGGUUCCUUCAGUACCACCACCAGUGAUGCGGUCACACAGCGAAGAGUCCGAGGAUGCAUGGGGUGCCGACAGGGGGGACUACGGAGCAGGGUACGGCGGUGGUUACCGGGCUCCCCCUCAAAACCCCGGUUACUAUGGGCGCCCCUCCGGAGGGUCUGGCUACCCUCAAAGUCACGCCGGGGUCGGUGGGGGAGGAGGGUACCAACAAGGGUACGCCGCCGGACCUAUGACGCACUACAACUACAACAGCGGCUUCCCCGGAUCAAAUCCAUUCGCCCCACAGGGUUACGGUGCCGGCAGCCCGUACCAGGAUUUAGUCCCAUUCUCCUACCAAGGUGCCUACGGCGGCCACGCCGCGUAUCCUCCGCCCGGGGCCAUGUAUCCGUACGGGGCGCACCCACCGCCUCCGACCGAGGUGGCCGCGCCGAAAAAGCCGCAGACUCCUGCGCCUGACCCAGAAAUGGAAAAACUGAAGAACAAAAUCAAGGAGCUCGAGGCCACCAAGGACAAGGAGAAAUCGGCGGCUGAUGAGGCCAAAAAGACUGAGCUCGAGAUCCAAAGGCGCAUGCAGGAGCUGCUUGAACAACAAGAAAAGUCCCGGAUCGCGAUCGAGAAGGCGAGGCAGGAGGCUGAAAAGGCCGCCUUUGAAAAGCUAGAGGCGGAGAGGAAACGUGAAGAAGAACGGAGGCGGGAGCAUGAGGAGAAUAUGAAGCGGAUCGAGCGGGAGGCCCGGGAAAAGAUCGAGCGGGAAAGGAAGGAGGACGAGGAGAGGAGAGAAGCUCACGCAAGAGCGCUCAAACAAGCCGAACUGGAGGCGAGAGCAAAGAUAGAAGCGGACCUGAGAGCAGCGGCUGAGAGGAAAGCAGAGGAGGACAGAAAGGCUGCCGAGGCCGCGGCUGCCCUCAAGGCCAAGAUCGAAGCUGCCGAACUGGAAGCGCGCGCCAAAAUAGAAGCGGACCUAAGAGCGGCUGCCGAGAAGAAGGCAGAAGAUGAAAGGAAGGCCGCUGAGGCCGAGGCGAUGUUCAAGGCCAAGCUCGAAGCUGCCGAGGCGGCCGCCAAAGCGAAGCUCGAGGCCGAGAUCAAAAAGGCUGCAGAGGACAAGGCAGAGGCGGAGAAGAAGGCGGCCGCCGAGGCCGAAUGGCGCAAGAAGCUCGAGGAGGAGGCCAAACUCCAGGCCGAGAUCGAGGCGAGGAAGAAGCUCGAGGCUGAGAAGGAGGCCGCCGAAAAGGCGGCAAAGGAUGCUGAGGAGAAGCAAAAGAUAGAGGACGCGCUCAAGAAGAAAUACCAAGAAGAGGGCAAGCUCAAGGCCGAGGCCGAGGAGAAGCAAAAGGAGAAGCCCCCGAUCAAGUUCAAGGAUGCUGUCGGGCGCAAGUUCAGUUUCCCGUUCCAUCUAUGCCAAACAUGGCAGGGAAUGGAAGAGCUUAUUAAGCAAGCCUUCCUUCAUGUUGAGGUCAUCGGCCCGCAUGUUCAGCAAGGCCACUACGACCUCAUCGGCCCAGACGGCGAGAUCAUCCUCCCAACAGUCUGGGAGAAGGUUAUCCAGCCAGACUCGGCCAUCACCAUGCACAUGUGGCCAAUGGACCGUCGCCCACAGCCACCGCCGGGCCAUCCGAUGGCCGGCAGGCCUCCGGGCGUACCAGGCGGCGUGCCACCACCCGGCGCCUUCAGACCGGGAGUCAGGCCCUCGGGGGUGCCGCCACCACCAAUGAUGCCCGGGGGCCCCAGGCCUGGAGGCGCGCCUCCAAGGCCGGGGCCAACGGUUGUGGAGACAAGGGAGCCAAAGAAGAAGUCUUCGUCCAAGUCGAAGCCCCCAGGAGGCCUUCUGGGUGGUUUUUUCGCGCCACCGAAACCCGUAAAAAAGAAGUAG